UUUUUUUUUUUUCUAUUUUUUAAAUUUUCCUUUAUUACCUGAUCAUUUUAUUUUUAACGACAUCAAACAAUAAAAUGUCGUCAGCGGAAAAAUUACUUAAAGAUCCAUUCAAAGAAGAUACUCCUAUAGAUCCAACAACAGAAAAAGGUCAAGAAGUAUUAUCACAACCACCAGCAACACGAUGGGAACUAUGGAGUUAUUAUUUAUACUACAACGGCAAUAAUGGAUACAAUAUGUAUGCUUUUUUACCAACCUUAUUACAGUAUAUGGCACAAAAAGGUGGAUUUGAUCCUAAUUCUCCACCAAAUGCACGACAACCUUGUAAUAUAGCUCUUAGUAAUACAUCUUCAUGUAAUGUACCAUGGCUCAAUUAUACCAAUGGAAUACCUGUAGUAUCGAUGAUCAUGUACGUUACUGCUAUUUCUUUUGGUAUUCAAUUUCUUCUCUUCACUACUUUUGGUUCUCUAGCUGAUUAUGGACGUUACAAUCACUAUAUCCUUAUCAUAGCCACAUUGAUUAGUUGUGCCGCUCAGAUUUUACCAAUCAUUUUUUUGAAUGAUGAUGGUUCUGGUUGGUCCGGAAUGAUGGGUCUCAAUAUUAUUUCCAUGAUAUCUUAUGGUACGACUCUUGUUUUUUAUGCCGCUGCUUUCCCUUCAUUAAGUGACAAUUUACCGGUUGUACGAGGUGUUCGCGGUAAUCCAAUGAUUUCGGCAGAAGAAACACAAAGUGUAGUUGAAAAAUGGAGAAAUCAUGUAUCAGCUAUUUCUACCACUUUUUCGAAUGUUGGAUUUCUUAUCCUCUCAGCCGUAUUCUCUGGUAUUUCAUUUAUUGCAUGGUCAAAUGGACCCUUUCUAAAUGAUAAUCAAACCUUUGGUAAUACUCCUUUAUAUUAUUUUAUUGCUUCGGUGACAUGUGGUGCUUUCAUGUUGGUGAAUGCUUUACCUUAUUUUGUAUUACGACCCAUUGGUAGACGUGGACCUCCUCUUCCUCCUAAUGAAAAUCAUCUUACAAUUGGUUGGAAAUCUAUCUUCAAAGCUCUAAAAGAGGCCAAGCAAUACCGAUACUUAUUUUUAUAUAUCAUCUCCUAUUUUAUGUUUAGUGAUGGUGUGAAUGCCAUCAGUAGUAUGCAAACUUAUAUACAAAAUGAUAUCACUUCCUUUUCAGCCACAGAAACUGUCGUCAUGGGAUUCAUCACAGCGAUUACUUCUAUCAUUGGUUGUCUCUUCUUUUUAUUUUUGGCCAAACAAUUCAAUGUCAGUACCAAGACUAAUUUGUUGAUCAUCGUUAUAGCUACAGGUAUAGUUCCAAUUUGGGGAUGUUUUGGUAUUGGAUUAAAUAACUUUGGUAUCAAGACUCAAUGGGAACUUUGGGUAUUAAGUGCAUGGUCAGGAUUUUUUACGGGACCUAUAUGGGCUUGGCAACAAACACUUUUGGCAGAGUUAGUGCCUCGUGGUAAGGAAAAUCUAUUCUUUGGAUUAUUUGGUAUAGUCAACAAAGCAUCAUCAUGGAUUGGAGCAACAGCAAUUGGUGCGGUGACUGAACAAACAUCCAACGCCUAUUUUGGUUGGCCCAUCAUUGCAGCUCUGUUUGUCGUGGCAACUGUUAUUCUUUGGUUUGUAGAUAUGGAGGCAGCCAAACUGGAAAUGUUACAUAUGGAAAUCCAACAAGAAAUGAAUCAGAAUAUCAUCAAUACAAGAAAUUCUACUUCUGCACCUGUAGAUGAAAAAAUCUCUAUGGUCAAAAUGGAUUUGAUGGAAGAUAGUCAUAUAGAUGAGGAGUCCGAUCAUAGAGUAUAAUGAUGAUUUGUAGUUGGUAAUAGUUAGUCUUUUUUUUUUUUGUCUCAAUAUAAAUAAAUGAAAUCCUUUGAAUACUUAAUGCCAGGAACUUUUACAAUAGAAAUAUUUCAUUGGCC